AACCGUUUCCCCACAACACCAGAGCUGGCCUCAUCAUGGUGUCCGAAGAGGAGGGCGUCAGCCCGCGCAAACGGCGGAAGAUCAGCCCUCCCAAGGCGGCACCCUACGUAUUCCGAUCACUCUUCGACCAGGUGCCCUUGAACGCUGACAAUGACGACGAUGACGCCCACAUCACCUGGGUCGAGUAUUGGAAUGACAAUCUCUACAUCGGUACCUCCGCCGCCGAAAUCCUGCAUUUCGUCUGCCUUCCCCCGGACCCCUCGGACCAGUCGAACGAACCAUCCUUUAUCCUCGCCUCGAGACUCCCAAUUCCUUUCUCCCACAGCACGUCGCCGCUGCCCGGAAUCCAACAGAUUGUGUUAAUGCCGACGGUGAACAAGGCGUGUGUGCUGUGCAAUGGCACCGCCACCUUCUACAUGCUGCCGGAACUCAGCCCGGCUUUUGGAAAUACCAAGGUUACCAAUUGUCGCUGGAUCGGGGGCUUGGAUUUGAACGCAUCUACGGACGAGCCGGAGAACCCGGUGAUUAUGAUCUCUGCGCAGAACAGAAUGAUGCUGGUGAGGAUAGGCGACGACGCUCGACGCGUCAGGAACAUCGAGUUCCCGGGCUCCCUGGUCGCGGCACGGAGAGACGCAAUUGCCUGUGCUGCAGACUCGCAUGCAUACUCCUUGCUAGACGUGGAGAACCAACAAAAGAUCCAGCUGUUUCCCAUCUCGUUUUCCAGUGAGGCCUUCGAGGCCUCCCCAGCGGAAGAGAGGUCCCCUUCAUCGCCCUUUGCCAGCUCUCCUUCGGAGGGCCAUGCGCACGACCGACACACCCUGGGCGGAAUGCUGCAGCCAAAUCUUCAAUCGCACCCACAUGAUAGGUCAAGUUCGGCCACACCUGAGCUCUCCCCCGUUUCGGGGACCCCGAGAAGGUCGAUCUCCCAGGAGCGAGCAGGAAGUGCCUCUCCGAGAGUAUCUCCAAUCCAUUCGACCCGCGACUCGCAGCCAAGCCCAGAUGAUCGGAAGCCGCUCCCUCCUGUACCUAAGCAGCCAUUGGGACAGUUGAAGCCCCAUGUACUGUCACCUACCCCAUCUGAGUUCCUGCUUGUUAGGGGAACCGACGCGACAGAGCCUGGCGUAGGAAUGUUCGUCAACGUUGACGGUGACGUGGUUCGUGGCACGAUCACCUUCCACAAGUAUCCCGAGUCACUGGUCAUUGACAAGGGUGACGAAAACAGCAUGAUACCCUCGCCGGAAAACACUCGCGAAGAGCUUCUUCUUGCGGUUAUUGAGUCAGAGAAGGAUGGUCAGACACGGAAGUUUUUGGAGGUACAACUCUGGGAUGUCGAUCCGGGAGAGGCCGAGGACCACAAAAGCUGGGUAGAAAUACCCUCCACGCAGUCUACCCAAGUUGGCCUUAGUCAUACUCUUAGUCCCAGUAAACUCGAGAUAUCCGAAUUAGGAGGUCUGCUGCAGAUGGUCCGUCUGAAUAUACCAUCAUCACCAAAUGUUCCUGUGGCAGAUGAAACGCAAGCCUCUGCAGAAAAGCCGCAGGAGGAGAAGGAAUCUUCGUCUUCCGAGGCUCAGGAGCCGACUGAAUCGGAGGGCUCGAAGGACGAUGGGUGGGAAGCGGAGAGAAAUGCCGAAGAAGCCAAAUUUGCGCGCGACCUGGGCAAGACGCAGAGCAGUCUGGUCAUGUGGAAUGGCAACCAGAUAUGGCGGGUAGUGCGGAACCCGCUGACCACACAGCUCAAUGAUGCCCUGCAGGGAGCCCAGGAAGUUGAAGCUGACCGCAGAGUCCUGGACCGGGAUGCUAUCGCGGGGAUCAUCGAUCAUGUUCAAGCUGCGGAGCCAAAAUCCGAGUCGGAGUUUCUGGGACUGAACUACUUGAAGCAGAAAGCGAGUCUACUUCUUUUCGCCGAUCUUCUCUCAAUGGAUCCGGCCGCUCGGACUACUGCAACAAUUGAUGACACGGAAAGAGCACUCAUCAUCGGAAACCUCGAUCCUCGUAUCGCACUGCUGCUUGUUCCUCUCCUGCGAGGCGAGGUCUUGCAAGGUCCGCAGGCGAUCUGGGUUCAUGCAGGUUUAGCGGAUAUUGCAGGGACGUACGCCCAGCAGCUGGAAAAGACUGAAACCGGCGCUUCCGACAACGCAGUCUUGGACAUGGUCAAGCGGUUCCUCUUCUCAUGGCAGCAAAAGAGAGGCUAUGGCAGUAUCACGGAUGAGACGUAUGUAUUUGACAGCGUCGACGCGGCCCUCCUGCACCUGCUUCUGGAGCAGGAUGCACGGACAACCGAUCAGCGCGCACGCUCGCAGGUACGCAUGGAGCUGAACCGACUGGUUGACAGCUGGAAGGGUAGCUUCGACCGGGCGGUGGCGUUACUGGAAAGCUACCGACGACUCUUCGUGCUGAGCCGAAUCUACCAGAGCCAGAAGAUGUCACGGAAUGUCCUCAAGACGUGGCGCAGGAUCAUCGAAGGCGAGGAAGACCUCGGCGGAGAGGUGACCGUUGGCGGCACGGAGGCGCAGAUGCGCCGGUACUUGGUCAAGAUCAAGGAUGCGCAGCUGGUCGAGGAAUACGGAGCAUGGUUGGCCCAGCGCAACCCCAACCUUGGUAUCCAGGUCUUCUCGGACGGGACGAGUCGGGUCAAGCUGGAGACGGCAGCCGUGGUCGCGUUGCUCAAAGAACGUGCACCCAACGCCGUGCAGGUGUACCUAGAACAUCUUGUUUUCGUCAGAAACUACACUCAAUACGCGGACGACCUACUAUCAUACUACCUUGACUCAGUCCUCUCCGUCCUCGAGUCCUCGCCAGACGCCCGCGCCUCACUCGCCGAAUCCUACUCUACAUACCGCGCGCUCCAACCCCCCAAACCUACCUACAUGAACUUCAUCACAGAGAACACGCCCUCAGAGCCAUGGUGGCAAUCGCGCCUACGCCUCCUCCAACUGCUCAGCGGCGGUAGCGGCAGCCACUUCUCAUCCCUCCCGACCCGCAACCUAACCUACUCGAUCCCUGCAAUCCUCGCCCGGAUCGAGCCCUUCCAAAACGAGCUCGUCUCGGAAUCUGUCAUCCUCGACGGCCUCCAAGGCCGUCAUCGCCAAGCGCUCCACCUCCUCACCCACGGACUGGGCGACUACGACUCCGCAGUACGAUACUGUCUCUUCGGGGGCCCGCGAAGCACCAGUUCAACAGGGGCACUGGCCGAGUUCGCCGACCGAACCCUCCAAUCCGAACUCUUCCGGUACCUACUCGACGAAUUUCUGCAGAUUCAGGACCCGUCGGAGCGCAUUGAAAGGACUAGCGACCUGCUCGGCCGGUUCGCGUCGUGGUUCGACGUGGGCGAGGUGCUCCGCGUCGUGCCGGAUGAAUGGAGCGUGGAUAUCCUGAGCGGGUUCUUCGCGCAUGUCUUCCGGGUCCUGGUUUCCGAGGGCCGCGAGGUGCGCAUCGAGCGGGCGUUGAGCGCGGGGCUGAACCUGCGGGUUGGCACGGAGUAUAUCAAUGGGGUGGAGAAGGUUGGCGGAUGGGUAGAAGACGAGGGGGGUUUGAGACGAUUGAAGGGCGGCGGCGGCGGCGAACGCAAGCCGCCCGCCGCGCCUCGAGAACAGGACGGCAGUGACUUCGGGGAGAUGGUAACGGGCAACUAAACCCAAUUCAACCCAACCUCGCAUGACUUGAUGUAUAUACAGCACAAA